CUGACCGAAGAACAAGAAAAGCCAGCUGGCUGUUCACAGGUUUCGUUUUCUUUUCGAAGAAAAAAGACUUGUGUCUAUCCAUGGAAACGGGUGUCAGUUUGGCGAUUAAUCGUUAGAACCGUUCUCUUCACGUGGAUUGAUCGUGUACGGUACAACGAAAAGCCAUCGGAAAGGAAGUGGUUUCACACUUUUUCGUCUGUUUUCAUCACGUAUAUUUUUACCAGUGCAUUGCUUUAACAUGAUGAACCCCAUGAAAAGAAGUUAAUCAUACAAAGACCAAAGCUGUUAAUGAUCACGGAAAACAGAGACGUUCAGAUAUACGUAGUUAAAUGAACUUGACCAGUCAAUCAAUAGCAAAAAAGGCUAAGACCGUGUUAGUUGCGGGAAACGAUUUUAAGCACCUCGAAACCCUCUUGUGCCAUUACUGCAAGGUGGCCGGGAAAGACUAGUAGGUGAAACCGAUCUGUUGUGAAAGCCGUCGAAAACCAUGGAAGAUUUCCGACUUCACCCUGCUUGGAAUCCAAUGCCGUGUGAAGAGAAUAUCCUCUGGCCCUCUGAGGAUCUUUCCAUCUCGGGGUACGUACCACUGACUCCUGACGUGACGCCUCACCAUAGGGACUCGGUAGAUUCUAGUGUCCUUAUCGCCCAAAAUGAUCCUUUCCUGUGGUCUGCUGCUGAUUACUGGUUACUGCCCAGCUCCGGCCAACCGCUAGCUCACCCAGGAAAUGAAGAUGGAGCUACAGAGAGUCACUCUAAUGUAGAAGGCGCAGUUGGGGAUUCUCCACCUUUGGAACACCUCUAUGAUCCUGAAUGGUCCUCCCCAAGGCACGAGGAUGUCCAAGAAGGCUUAUCUCCGACUGAAUCCGUCUCUAAUUUCUCCGGCAGCGAAAUUUCAGAUUUAGAAACUUCUGGAUUUGACGUACCGAGUCCCGUCUGGCGUUCGGAUGGAACAGACGUACCUGACGACGUGGAGACGACCCAACCGGUCUCGCCGAUUCGGAGACUCAGGCGAAGUUCUCGGCUUCCCCGCAGGACUGAGAGACUUUGCACUGAAGGCAGACGUUCCCUAGAUCUCGACACUGAAUGUAACGCCAGUCCUGAGGCGGUACAUUCCGAGUAUUUCUCUCCCGUACAAACUAUGGACGAUCCGCUCACCAGAAUUCAAAGCACCACUAGAAGUCGAGAUCGUGGACCCAAAUCCUGGGAAUUCCUAGUGAGGCUCCUCAAAGACAGCUCCAGCAACCCAGCGCUCGUCUGUUGGGAAGACAAGGAGAGAUUCACAUUCCGCAUCAAGCAGCCCAGAAUCGUUGCUCAAAUGUGGGGAAGAAGAGUAAACAAACAGAUCACCUACGAGAAUUUUGCAAGAAGUCUUCGAUACCACUAUGGGAAAGGCGGCCUAGAAGACGUGCGUGAGCAGAAGCUGGUGUACGGGUUAGGCGAGAGAGGCAUCGCUUUCCUAAAAAGGCUGUGUUCACACUAACGGGAGAAGACUUAAAAUCGUUUGCAAUAGAAGACGCCGUCAGACGAUCUCCCAGCACACCUUCGCAAUCACGUGUUGCUUGCGCUUUGUGAAGCGCUCUCUACUAAAUCGUUUUCGACAGUACGGCUAGUAUUGAAGCAAAACUUUUAAUGUAACAUAAAAAAAAAUAUUUAAUAUCUAGUGAAAAUAAUUCACUUGGAAAUUGGGCUAGUGAAUUGCUUCCCAUCUAUAAGACAGACUUCUAGAACAUCACCUGUUUGAAUUUCUCUGUCUGCAUAUUUCUCGUUAUUCGUUCACUGGUAUUUUUUUUACUUUAUUUUCCUCAUUGAAAAACGGAAAAUAACGUAUAUUCUGUUUAUCAAUAGAAUAUUAAAGUUCUCUACUUUUGUGGCAAAUAAUUCUCUCAAAAGGAUUGUCCUAUUCUAUUAUGUGCGACAAGCCUCAAAGGGUUCAGAAGUGAUUAGAUUUUUAAUGUAAAUUAACCGCUCCCCUGUAGAUAGAUAGAUAGAUAUGAUAGAUAGAUAGAUAUUACAUUUAAUGAAUAGAAAGCGGUUACCGAUUACCGUACGGUUUGAAAUUUCGGAAGCAUUUCAGUGUCGGAUAUCUACAAUGCAUAUUUGUAUAAAUGCUUCAUACCUGACUUUUUAUAGUAAAGCAUUACAUAUCACAUCUACCUAUUAUUUGCGACAUUAAAAGCUGAUACGAUAAUUGAAUAUUGAAUUUAAUUGAAUAAGCAGAAUUUAGGCCAAAGGCCAAGCACUGGGGCUAUGAGGUAAUUCAUGCAGCGCUGAAACGGAAAUUGACUUUGAAAGGUUUGAAAGGUGUAACAAGGGGAAAACCUUGCAGUUGCUCUCUGAAUCAAUUGUCAGAAGAGGGUGGAAAGUAAGAUGCAAGGAAGACCAUAUAAAAGGAGGUGCAGUAAAAGUAACGAAAGUGUUUGCAGCUAGGUAAUGAAUACUUUAUAUGAUAAUAAAAUCAGAUCAGCUCUGCGGUAUCAAAGCUAACUUUAUUGCAUGUGUGAUUUUGUUGAUUUAGCCUACUUCCAUGGGUAGGCUACAGUGCUCAUACUCUUCCCUUUUCAUAAACCACCGUUGAGUGAAAACCGAAGUUUGAUAUGGAUGCAGAAAUAGUGAUGUGAAGGAGCCUAAAAAGUUGUGGAGAUUGAAUAAUGAAUCAAGAGAAAAGGGUUCGAUGAGGUGCCGAGGAAACCUGUCAUGAGGCGCCUGCAUGAAAGGUUCAGUUAAAAAAGAUCUUUGCGGUAAACCAGUCGCAAAUUAAACUCUCUUCAUGAAAUAAAUAAAGAAUUUUCUGCGUCCCCAGGCAUUUUCUGUGGUGGUCAGUUGCCGAAGGUCAAUAGGUAAUUUAUCUAAUAAAUAAGUGAUUUGCAUGAAGCAAAAUAAAUGAAUUAAUAAUAACGGUAGAGUAUUCCUGUUCUCUCCCCCAACUGACAAUAAUUCACUAAAUACUCUCCAGUUACAGUAGCAGGUAAGGCUAAUCAAGAAGCCGCCCUAAUACAACCUCCCCCCCCCCCCCCCCCCCCCCCUCCCACCAAGACAGAUCUUAUUUUCUAAACAUUUAAACCUCUUUUUAAGUUUUUGUAUUAACUACCCAACUCUGCACUUUCCGUGUUUUUUUUCUCCUGGUUUUUCGUAUUUAAAGUAUUAGAUGAUCUGAAAUCUUUGUUUUAAUUAUAUUUUUUCUUUUAUUAUAAUUAUAUAUUAUUAUUAUAUCCUGCCGGACCAGGCCUGCCGACUGAACGAUGAUAUUAGGCUUAUAAAGAUACUGAAAGCUAAAUGGAAUUUGAAGAUUGGUUUUGCAUUUACUGUACUUUGUUGGGAGUAGCACUGGAGAGAAACUAAUGCAUUAGUCCGUAGCAUUUGCAACUGUUACGUCUGGCAGUGAGGUAUGGCCUUGGGUGUUGCCGGAGUAAAGCACUGAACCGCUGAUUUUUUUUUUUUUAAUAUGGUAGUAAUAAGCCCAGGCGAGCCGUGCAUAGCGGGAACAGAGGAUGCUUGCAAAGAGAGCGCCAGAGGAAGUGUGACGUAUUUAAGAGGUGGUUUAUACACAUAUCGCAUGUGCAAGGAUAUAGCGAGCUGAGAUGGAGGCCAAGGUCUAGACUGUCUAGAGCAGGGUCAAAAUAUACAGGGUCUGCUCACGAGGCGGUACUAAAACCUAUCCCCGCCCCUUGUGAAACGUCAUCAGUUACAAAAGGACCAUAUCUUUAUGAAACUAUAUUUACGAUAACAUUUUCAUAUAACUAUUUUUGCGAUGGUGUUUUUUAUAUAAAUUUUCCUUUUAUUGCAUGUUGCCGUAUACUACGUUAAAGUACAAAGAAUGCUCUUUCAAAUUAUAUAUAGCACAUUACAAUUACGAUUACUUUCAAACCCACAAGCGCGCACAGAAAAAUUAUCUACGCACACAAAAAUGUGCAAUUACUUCAUCCGUCAACCUACAUACAUUCACGUUUCGUAGCGUAUCUGAGUCAGGGAUGAUGAUAGAAAGAAACUGAAAAAUUUAUUAGAAAGCUGAUAAAAUUUACUAUAUAAUGCAUAAAUAAAAUUGAUAGGUGUUCUCUGAAAUUUUCGAGAAAUUCUAAGUCAAAGGCGGACUAAAUUUUUUAAAUUUUAUGUAAAUAUUUACCACAUUUUUCUUACAUAAUUUUUCAUCUUAUCACGUUUUGCCAUAUACCAUGUAAAAGUACAAAGAAUGCCAUUUCAAUUGGUAUACGGCACAUUACAAUUACAAUUAUUUUCAACCCCAUAAUCGCGCACAGAAAAUAUUAUCUACGCACGCAAAAAUUAUAAAAAAUUAAGUGUUCGUGAGAGAUCUGAAAUCUAGCCCCGCCCCUUGUGAAAGGUCAUCAGAUACAGCCAGUCAGACUGACGAAUAACUUUUUGUACUCUUUUCGAAAAUAUUAUAAUCGUUUGAGGCAUGCAUAAUUAAUACCUUUAUGUAUACAGUUUGUGUUAUAUGUAAAAUUAUCUGUUCGGAAGUAUAUUUAUGUGAUAUGAAGUGCUAAUGAGAAAUUUGCUGGAAAUGAGUUCCCUGUAUCAUUGUCUUCAUCAUUUAUACCUUUGAUACCUUAUAUCGCAUAUGAUGCAAUUGUUAUACUUUUGAUAUUGUUUUCUUUUUUGUGGCCAAGUCGUGCAAAUGCAACUGCCAUUUUUGACACUGCCGGUAUCCACAUUUUCUUUGUAUUUAUUACAUAACAAUAAGUAUUCACAAUAAUAUUUGGAAAAUAUAAUUAAUC